AUGCAAGAAACUGAGUCCAAUGAGAGAAGCCCGCUCUUAGACCCCAAUGUUCGGUCGCCCGUCUCCUUCCCCGCAGCCAAUGUCUUCCAUGGACGGCGUUUGGCCUGCGCUGCAGUGCUGCUGACUGAACUGCUGGAAAGGGUGGCCUUCUAUGGCAUCACCUCGAACCUGGUGCUCUUCCUCAAUGGAACUCCUUACAACUGGGAGGGUACCGAGGCCAGCCAGGCCCUUCUCCUCUUCAUGGGGAUCACCUACCUGAUCUCCCCUUUUGGGGGCUGGCUGGCCGACGCCCUAUUGGGCAAGUUCCCCACCAUCUUGGUCAGUAUGGCGGUCUACCUCUUGGGCAUGCUGGCCUUCCCCGCCAUGGCCAUCGCUCCAAGCCGUCAAUGGCUGUGUGGGGAGCUUCGCCUAUCAACCAUUGAGAACUGCUCAACGCCUCUGGAGAGUAAUGUUACGUCUGCCCCGUGCUCGUCAGAAGGAACCACGCGCUACUGUCUCAUCGCCUCCUAUGUCGGCUUGGUGCUGGUUGGGCUGAGCGUGGGCUCCGUCAAGGCCAACAUCACCCCCUUUGGAGCUGAUCAGGUGAAGGAUCGAGGUCCGGAAGCCACCCGGCGUUUCUUUAACUGGUUUUACUGGAGCAUCAAUUUGGGCGCCCUCCUGUCCCUGGGAGGCAUCGCGUACAUCCAGCAGAACAUCAGCUUCACCAUCGGCUACGUCAUCCCCACAGUUUGCAUUGGGGUCUCCUUCGUGGUCUUCCUGUGUGGCCAGAGCGUCUUCAUCACCAAGGCCCCGGAUGGCAGCGCCUUCACCGACAUGUUCAGAAUCCUGACUUAUUCUUGCUGUAACCGGAAACAGCCCGAGCGGUUUUCCAGCCCCAGGGGCACCCAGGGGAUCCUUCACCAGCCUCAGCCUUCCAGGGACAGCCUUUUCGAAGCCGCCAAGAGCUCCCACGGGGGUCCCUUCCGAGAAGACAAAGUGGAAGACGUCAAAGCCUUGGUCAAAAUCAUCCCUGUCUUUUUGGCUCUCAUCCCGUACUGGACAGUCUACUUUCAGAUGCAGACCACCUACGUCCUCCAGAGUCUCCAUUUGAAAAUCCCACAGUUUUCCAACAGCACGUCCAACGGCACCGCAAUCGGCCACACGUUCCCCGCAGCUUGGCUAACCAUGUUUGACGCUGUGCUGAUUCUCAUCCUCAUACCCCUGAAAGACAAAGUGGUGGACCCCAUCUUGAAGAAGAAGGGGCUUCUUCCUUCCUCACUGAAGAGAAUCGCCUUGGGGAUGUUCUUCGUCAUGUGCUCUGCGUUUGCUGCAGGAAUAUUGGAAAGCGACCGGCUAAGGAGAGUCAAGACCAAAAUAAUUGAUCAGAAGAUUGGGACGACCAUCUAUCAUGCAGCCGACAUGUCCGUCUGGUGGCAGAUCCCUCAGUAUAUUCUGAUCGGAAUCAGCGAGAUCUUAGCCAGCAUUGCAGGUUUGGAAUUUGCCUAUUCCGCGGCUCCAAAAUCCAUGCAAAGUGCAAUCAUGGGUCUCUUCUUCUUUUUUUCUGGAAUUGGCUCUUUCGUGGGCUCCGGACUCCUGGAGUUGGUGUCCUUCAACUCAAUCGGUUGGAUGAGUAAUCACACAGAUUUGGGUAACAUCAACGGUUGCCAUUUAAACUACUACUUUUUCCUCCUGGCGGUGAUCCAGGGCGUCACCUUGCUGCUUUUCCUCAUCGUGUCUGUCAAAUACGACCGUCAGAAGUCGAGGACUAACGCCGGACGGACUUGACGUGACCGUCACAGAAGACGUGGAAGUCAGUGGGGAGGA